CUGAAGCCGCAGAUUCCCUACUACAAUGCCAUCAACAUUCAGAUUCGCGCCUACGAUUUUGCCGUUCUCGAGAGCUACGGCUCCUACCUGCACCGCCUGUCGAAUAAGCUCGGUCUGACGGUGGCAAAGUACUGGUGCCAGCCAAACACCACCAGAAAGAUUGAAACACUGCAGCACGAAUCUCAGGUGGUGGAGAGCACCUACGAGCUGCAGAUGUACGAACGCAAUAUUCAAAUUGAGAAGAUCAGCGGCCGACUGACGUCGAUGCUGGUGGAGAUCGUCCACCGGUCUCUGCCCGUCGGCGUCUUUCUCUCCAUUCACGAGCACGACGACGCCCUCCACGAGAAGACGCGCUACAUACCUGAUCACGACCUGAACAACUACAAGCUCGAGUUGAAGCAGGUGCUAGCCAGUCGGAGUCCCGACUUGGACGAGGCGGAGACCAACACCAAGAAGAAGAAGUAG